UGAAGAACAAAACCAAAGACAAAGAAGAAGUGCCCUCACCUCACAAAACUAAGCUUCAAAAUGUCGAUACCUCUCCUUAUCUCUCUCUCAUUAAUCAUCCUUGUUUUCCUACUAGUCCGACGACGCCGCAACAGCCCGGCUGGUCGAAAACUCCGGCGUCCUCCGGGGCCUCCUGGCCUUCCCUUCCUCGGGAACUUGCUCCAAUACAACCCCUCCGAUCUCCAUCUCCGCCUGACAAAACUCUCAGAAAAGUACGGCCCGCUUAUGUACAUGACGUUCGUCGGAAAGCCCGUGGUUGUGAUUUCAUCGGCCCGAGUGGCCAAAGAGGCUUUGAAGUACAAUGACCUUGCAUUUUCGAGCAGGCCUUCUACCAUUGCAUCGCGCAAAGUGGCUUACAACAACAGUGACAUCUCCAUGUCACCGUACACAGAGUACUGGAGAGAACUGCGGAAAAUGGUCGUUCUUCGCCUCUUUACGGUCAAACAAGUGAACUCUUUCCGCCCUGCUCGAGAAGAAGAAGUGGCCCGCAUGGUGAAAGAGAUUUCCAGACGGGCCAACGCGCAUCAGCCCGUUAACAUUAAUGAAAUAGCGUUGUCGUUGUCGAGCAGGAUGAUAUCUAGGUUUGCACUGGGGAAGAGGUACGACGAGGAGAACGGGCCGGAAAAGAGGAGGUUCGACAGGAUUCUGCAGCUGCUUCAGUUGGUGUCGGUGGAAAUUUUCUUUGGUGAUUAUUCUCCAUGGCUGGGCUGGAUUGACAGACUGUGUGGUAAGGUUUCUCAGCUUGAGAAGGCGUUCAAGGAUUUGGAUUCAUUGUAUGAAGAGAUGAUCGCGGAGCAUCUGAGCCCGAAUAGGCCCGAGUCUAUGAACGGAGACAUUCUUGAUAUGCUAAUUCAGAUGAAAGAAGAUCGGUCGUCGACGGUUCAAAUUGAUUGGGAUCAUAUCAAGGGCGUACUCAUGAACAUGUUCGUAGCCGGAACAGACACAACUGCAGCUACAAUAACAUGGGCAAUGACAGCUCUGAUCAAGAAGCCUCAAGUACUGAACAAAGUGCAACAAGAAAUCAGAUCUGUGGUCGGAAAGAAAGGCAGCGUAGCCGAAGAUGAUAUACAAAAACUUCCCUAUUUUAAAGCGGUGGUGAAGGAGACUCUGAGACUGUACGCACCAGCUCCACUCUCACUGCCCAGACUGACAAUCAAAAGCAGCGUCAUAGAUGGAUACGACAUUGAACCCAACACCAUAGUUUACGUGAACGUUUGGGCGAUUAGCCGAGACAAGGAUUUUUGGGAGAACCCGGAUGAGUUCUUGCCCGAAAGAUUCUUGAACAGUAGCGUGGACUUUAAAGGCCAAGAUUUCGGGUUUCUUCCAUUCGGGUCGGGGCGAAGAGUGUGCCCUGGAAUGGCCUUGGGGACUGCAGAAGUGGAGGUGUCGCUUGCUAAUAUUCUGUAUUGCUUCCACUGGGAAUUGCCGCCUGGAAUGGUAGAAGAUGACGUUGAUAUGGACUUUUUGCCUGGAAUUACUACUCAUAAGAAAAAUGCACUCUAUUUGAUGGCCAAAAGCUAUCUGUAAUAAGUAAGUUGGCGUCGUUAUUACUGGUGAAUAAGUUCGUUUUUUAAUAGAUAAGCAAUGUGGGAUUGUGAGAAUUAUAAAGAAGCAGCUUUCAGUUGUAUGUACGCAUAUAAUUAAAAAGACAAAAUAAUUAUGAUUGUAUAAUUUGAGCAUGUACAACUUAUGAUUAGAAUAACAAAUUGAUUCAACAUGGGUUCUUAUCCUGUUGAACCAAAUCAA